AUGAAGCUUCCAUGUGAGAAGAUGUGCAAUGGGACAGCUGUCACUGAAUUUGUGCUACUGGGACUCUCCAGCAACCCUGAUGCCCACUUCAUUCUCUUUGCUCUCUUUCUUUUCAUUUACUUGGUGGCCCUGGUAGGGAACUUUCUUAUCCUUCUCCUGAUCAGUUUGGACAAAAGGCUUCACAACCCCAUGUAUUUCUUCCUGGGAAAUCUUGCGGUGGUGGACAUUGGUUAUAUAACCAGCACUGUUCCCAAGAUGCUGCUCAACUACCUGUCUCAGGACAAGAGCAUCUCUCUGGCCGGCUGCUUCACCCAGAUGUUUUUCUUUAUCUCCUUUGGUGGCAUUGAGUGCCUUUUGCUGGGUGUCAUGGCGUAUGACCGGUAUGCUGCCAUUUGCCAUCCACUGCAUUAUAGCAUGCUCCUGAGCCCCAGAGUCUGUGCUUGGCUUGCAGCAGCUGCUUGGAUUCUUGGCUUGUCUAAUUCAGGUGUGCAUUCUGGUAUGAUGUCGCUUUUAUCAUUCCGCAGAAGCAACAUUAUUCAACACUUCUUCUGUGACGUCCCACCAUUAUUCCAGCUCUCCUGCUCUGACACUCAGGUCAAUCAAAUUACUACCUUUGUAUUAGGUGGGGGUGUAAUCAUGGGCUCAUUCUUGGUUACCUUAGUGUCUUAUGUGUACAUUGUCUUGGCUAUCCUCAGGAUACACACCAAGGAAGGGUGUCUCAAGGCAUUCUCCACUUGUGCCUCUCACCUGACUGUAGUUAAUAUUUACUUUGGCACCAUCAUUUUCACUUACAUACGUCCCAACUCCACUUACUCCCAGCAGCAGGAUCGGGUAUUGCCUGUGCUCUAUGGAAUCCUAACCCCUAUGUUUAAUCCACUCAUCUACAGCUUGAGGAACAAGGAUGUGCAAGGGGCUCUCAGGAAAGUCAUGCUAUGA